AAAAUAGAGUUAUUGUUCUUGCCACAAUGGCAGACCGUUCAGUUUUUCUGUUAAUGGCCAGCGGACAAAUUGAGACAGCAGAGUUUCCAGAAUUUGACGACAUUUUCCUGAAAUACAGCUUUGUGCAAGGGCUCGACUGGAUGAUUACAUCUGGAAUUGAAAAUGGCAUGACUCAGAUAAGCAAGAAGAGCCGUGAUCAAAAGCAGAUAUUUGUUUACAACUUCCCAUUGGAUAUCACAUUUAAAAGCACAAAUCCAUAUGGAUGGCCUCAGUUAGUUAUUCAAGCUUUUGGCUUGGAUGUGUUUGGAAAUGAAGUAAUCCGAGGGUAUGGAACGUGUCAUGUACCGAUCGUACCAGGAAGACAUAAGCUGUGUCUGCCGAUGUUUGUUCCGGAGUCAGCCUCUCUCCUGCAGAUGUUCCUCAGCUGGAUUAUGAGCAGACGGCCAGAGUUCAUUGACCCCUGUGUCGUGGCUCAGGGAGAAGGCAGAGAUGUGACAAGAGUGCGAUCUCAAGGCUUCGUUGAAGUGACUUUUAACAUUCUUACGAAGGACUUGAAAAAACUAGGCUACGAUGUUUUGCCAUCAGAUGUCCUCAAUCCGGCAAUCCCGGAGUCUGUUGGUGUCAAAUCUGGUGACGCUUAGAGAUGAGGAAACGUCGUAUUUUAGGAUUGUACUGUUCCGUGAUCUAGAUGAUGGCCUACAAAUUGGCACCUUGCAGCUUCUUUCCUGUCACUCAUGAUUAAGGUCAGAGAGACUGUAACCAAAGUGCUUUUUCUCGAAUGCAGCAUUUGUUAUGAAUUCUCACUGAAUCGGUGCACAAAAUAAUAAUACCAUAUGGCUGAGGAUGUGUCAAAGUGCCUCUUUAGAUUUAAUUCAAAUGGAUAUGAAUUUUUGUAGUGACUGUUAAGUUAAAUCACAUGUUAUUUUUAUGAUGAUGGAUGACCCAGUAACAGAUGCAGCUAAUUAAUUAAGACAUUUGUAUUUUAAGAGAAUGCCAAAAAUAACUUUAAUCCAGUUUAUCAAAUGUAGUUUGACCUAGUCAGUGGAAUCAGACCUUUCUAUUAAUAAGCAUCUAGUGACAACUUAAAUAACUUUGAAUUAGUUUCUGACUCCACAUAAUCUAAAAAUAACUUUGAUCCACUUCUGAGGUAUGCUAUAAAUAACUUUGACCCAGUUUGUGGUUACACAUCCUCAAUAACUUUAGCCUCAUCAGCUUUUACAAUUUUUUGUUACCUCAUAAAUAAUUUUAGACAACAUUAUUGGUACCAUAGACAGCUAUUUAUAGUUUAUUAUAUAACAUAUAGUGAAAUAUCUUAAAAUAUCAGUGAAAUAAAAGUGUUAUCAGUCACUCAGUGACGAUAACACAUUUUAGAGUGAAAAUUUCACUAUUUCACUCUAAAAUGUG